GUAGAUCUCCUAUCGUGAUGGAACAGAGAGGAGAGAAAAAGAAUUAAAAAGCCAAAGAACUUUGGACACAGGUUUAUUUAGAUUGUGAUGUUUAUAUAAAAAAGUCUUUUGGUUUGUGGGAAGCUUAGGAACAGGUGGUGCCGUUUAGAGCUCUGCUGACCUGCAGAAAGUUUAUAUCGUCUGCUGACGGCAUAGUUCUAGACACCAGAAAUUAAACAGAAUGGCUUUUUUACAUUACAUUCUGGCAGGUAGGAGAACUUUAAUAACUUUACAAAAAAAAACAAAUGGAAAUAAAUCAUAGAAUUUGUUUUCUUUUAGCACGUGGGUGUAUACACCUGGUUUGGACAGAGUUAACAAAUGUAUACGUAAAAAAAAGGGAUUCAUUUAGACCUCAUUCGCCGGCUUGUGCUAAGGUGGCCUAGGAACUCCCCUUCAAUCUAUAGGCUGCAUGGGAGCUGCCUGCUAGGAACUCCACUUCAAUCUAUAGGCUGUAUGGGAGCUGCCUGCUAGGAACUCCACUUCAAUCUAUAGGCUGCAUGGGAGCUGCCUGCUAGGAACUCCAAUUCAAUCUAUAGGCUGUAUGGGAGCUGCCUGCUAGGAACUCCACUUCAAUCUAUAGGCUGCAUGGGAGCUGCCUGCUAGGAACUCCACUUCAAUCUAUAGGCUGUAUGGGAGCUGCCUGCUAGGAACUCCACUUCAAUCUAUAGGCUGCAUGGGAGCUGCCUGCUAGGAACUCCACUUCAAUCUAUAGCCUGUAUGGGAGCUGCCUGCUAGGAACUCCACUUCAAUCUAUAGGCUGUAUGGGAGCUGCCUACUAGGAACUCCCACAUCAAUUUCAUUAUUCAGGCAAUAUCUCUUAAUUUUUUUAAAUUUGACUAUGACUACUUAUUUAUUCUCCCAAUACAAACCUGAGCAAAGCCGGAUAAAUUAGCUAGUAACUAUAUUUUUGAUGUAAGUUUUACUCUUUUCAAACACAUAUCUUACAUCCUUUACCAAGCUGUUUUUCUUUGGGAGAGCACGGUCCUCGCCCAGCUCGCGUACAACGAGACGGAAGUGUGCUACGACGUGGUGGGGUGUUUCAACAACAGCGCCCCGUUCAACAACACCAAUGGCGUCCUGCCCAAAUCCCCGGAAGAGCUCGACGCCAGAAUCUGGCUCUUCACGCGUGACAACAAAGCGACCGCUGACGUCCUGAACUACACCGACCCGGACACGGUCAAGAACUCUCAUUUCGAUCCCAGCAGACACACCAAGGUCAUCGUGCACGGAUUCUCGUCAUCCUUUGAAAAGACGCCGUGGAUUUUUAGAAUGAAAAACAAGUUUCUAGUGAAGGUGAGUCUCAGCCAGGAAGGAAUUUAAAACAAACGAAGUGACUGUGUGCUGGCGAGUUAACCCCAAUGAAUAAUUUCCUCUUCCCAUGGCUAAUUUUUUUUUAAAUUAAGGCAAUGUGCAAUAUAAUCGACAAUUUCUGUUUCGUUUAGACACACACAAAAAAAACACACAAAAAAGAAAAAAAAGAAAACCUUGUUAUCACCCGAAAUAGUCUAGUUUUAAAGUCUUUUGGUUUUUUUUUCUUUAUUUAUUCUCUUACCAACUGUCACCACAGUGUGUGAUUAGCCAUAGUUCGACACAAAAAUUAAUUGACCGGCUGACAUUAUGACAUGAAAGGGGGCAGACGCAGGUCGUUGACAGUUCUUGCUUGGUACCAAGGGAGAUGCGCAUCGUUGCUUUAUUCGGCACGAAAUUUGUUUAUGGGGAAGGAAUCAUUGCAUAGUCAUUUAUGCCUAGUGCGCUCUCCCAAUCGUGAAAUAUGCUUAGGGCGCGUUCCGCCCUAGCCAUCAUCGACCUAAAACAAAUAAUACUUAUGGCCUUUGUGAAGGUAUUCGUUUUUAAAAUACUAUAUUUUUUAAUGGUUUUUUUUUUUCACCUUCGAAAUGCCGCCCUUGCUAGUGGACGUCAAGUUUGUGGUCUAUGACUCAUACUUUUUUUUUUCUAAAGAACGGGCUGGAUUAAAAUAGUUUGAACGUGUGGAAAUUAUUUAUUUUACUCAAUGUGUUGUAAAUAGUGUUUGUAUCUUCUCGAAUUUCUUUGUAAGAUUAUUCAAAAUGGAAAUCAAUUAUAUAAAAUCUUGUUGUUGUUUUUAAUUUUUGUUGUGAUACAUGCUGGAAACAUAAUUUUAAAUGUUUAAAAUAUUUUGUCCAAAGCUUUAAUGUUUGUGAAAUGUCCCACAAAUGGGAGACAAUAAUCCGACUUCAAGAGCAAACAUCGCCUGCACAUCACUGCGAGUUUAAUUUUGUGGGUCUGGAUUUUUUUGGUGUUGAGAUUAUUCUCAUUUUGAUCUUUUAUCGAGUACUUUAAACAAAGAAAAAAACAACAUUUUUUUAACCUUUUAUUUAUUAAUUUAUUUUCAAAAUUAUCUUUUACCUAUUAUUUAUUUAUUUUCUUUCAUUACAUUAAGUAUGACAAUUAUAUAAAGAAUGAAGAUAUGUCAUAUUAUAAAGCUUGUCAAAAUGACAUCAUAAACUCUAGUUUAUGUCAGCUUACUAAGUUAGAGCAAUUAUUGCAGUGUACGGCCUAGUGGUGUGUAGUUGUGGAGAAAUGAGUGGUUCUAUUUAUAGUAACGUUAAUCUUUCAAAUGUAUAAUUCAUUUGUUUUAAGGGCGAUUUUAACGUACUUGCUGUUGACUGGAGCAAGGGCGCAACGCUGCCCGACUACCCCCAGGCCACGGCCAACAUACGGGUGGUGGCAACGGAAGUCAAGUUAGUUUUGGAAAUAAUGCAGGACCAAGGCCUUGACCUCGGUAACGUCCACAUUGUUGGUCACUCUCUGGGCGCUCAUCUGUCAGGAUUCAUUGGGAACCUGCUUGGACCUAACGUCAUUGGAAGAAUUAGUGGUGAGUUCUCAGAAACGUGUACAUAGGCUACAUUCGUGUGUUCAUGGGCAUACAUCCAUAUGUACAUAGGUGUACAUCCAUGUGUGGAUAGGCAUAAACCCAUGUGCACAUAGGCGUACAUCCAUGUAUACAUAGGCAUGAAUCCAUGUGUACACAGGCAUGCAUCCAUGUGUACAUAGUCAUACUACCAUUCAUACUGUCCUAAUAAACCAAAGGCCAAAGAAAAACUCCCUUUCUGACCAUCAGCUGGUUUUUGAGCUGUCUAUUGUCAGAUUAUAUACUGUUGAUCGUUCUCCGUCAAUUUUCUUUUUGGGUCUUUUUGAACCUGCUGAUGUUUCGUAUUCCUUGGGCUGUCCUUUUCAGGUUUGUCCUGGGAAGACUGACAUGCCUGACCAAGCUUGAUCAGCCCCAUCUAGGGGCCUGCAUGGUUUCUACAAUAGUUGUCAAAUAUAUAUUCCUAAUUCUUGUUGUACUCUAUUGGAGUUGGUCUGUUCUGACCUAGCUCCCUAGGUACUCAAACUCUGCCACUUCUUAAAAUGAGCUCUGACGUAUAGUCGUUGUUCGUCCUUCGCAUGUGAAGAUGACCACGGUUAUAUUCAAAGACGACAACAAAGGCUAUGUUCAGCAGUGAGCACGCAGGUGGCCUGCUACUCCUAUUUGUGCCUGGAAAGCUUUUCCCGCACGUAGGACAAACGUUGUUUUGGGUUGAUCCGGCUUUUCCUGGCUGUAGACUUUCUUUCUAAGAGCGGUGCACUUAUUCUCUGGAGAUUGGGCUCCAACAGUGAGUCUGCCAGGCCAGCGUGUAUGAUCAAUGACAGCGUUUUCCACGAAUCAAGGUCACCAACUGAGUGUUUCCCUCUGGAAAGUUCAAAGGACACUAAUUUUAUGGGAAGUCUGCUGUCUGUCAUUCAGUGCAUGUGGUCUUUAGGCCACGUUUAUCUCACUACAUGCGUUUCUUUCCUGGACUUGAAAAAUACUAAAGUUUAUGACUAGUAUUUUGGUCUUGUCUUUGGAAUCUUGAUACUGUUGUAUGGCGAGUCGUAACCCGAAUGUUCCAAGGAAUAAUAUUAACAUUCGUUGUAUGCAUGGGUCAAGUGCUAGGAAAAAGUGUGGGAACUCAGCCAAUUACUAUGCGUUCCAGCAAGACUCAAGCCCUGGCUAUUGUGAAUAGUAUGCAGAUUUUCCUAUUUAUUGUCAGGAUGUACUCAAUAAUCUCACAUUACAAUAGCCGUAAAACUUAAUAAUUAACAUGCCAUUAAUAAUCUUUAAUUGACAUGGUUUGCCUCCGGCCUGGUAACAUAUAGUCUUGAUUGCACGCAGAAAUAGAAAAUACAAUCAUUAAGAUAUGAAAAAAACAAUUGAUAUUAGAGUCUCCAAGAAUAUAUUUUAUAUGUACAUUAUUUUGAAAUUAAAAGGCGAAAUAAAAACACAACUCUUUGUCAGGAUGGCAAUUGGGUAGGGAUGGCAUUUGGGUCAGGAUGGCAAUUGGGCCAGGAAUGGCAGUUGGGCCAGGAUGGCAGUUGGGCCAGGAUGGCAGUUGGGUUAGGAUGGCAGUUGGGUUAGGAUGACAGUUGGGCCAGGAUGGCAGUUCGGCCACGAUGGCAGUUGGGCCAGAAUGGCAGUUGGGCCAGGAUGGCAGUUGGGUUAGGAUAGUUUUUGUUACUCGUUAUUAAAUGACGAUUAGAACUUUAAUAUAAUGUAAUUAACUUUUUUAAGUGCACUGUUUUCCCUAAAAUAUUUUCGAAAUAAAAUUCUUUCAGGCCUUGAUCCAGCUGAGCCUAGCUUCCUUCACUAUACACUUCCGGUUAGGCUGGACAAAGAAGAUGCACAAUUUGUGGAUGUUAUCCACACGGAUGGGUCACCAUUCAACCUGUUAGCUGGUGGCUACGGCCUGAUGUUGGAGAGUGGAGACGUUGAUAUUUAUGUCAACGGUGGAGAGAAACAGCCCGGAUGUGUUGAUGGCAUUGGGGGACUCCUUAGUUCAAGUGAGUACUAUCUAGCUGAAUGUACACAUGCUCUGAUGGCAUCGGAGGACUCCUUAGUUCAAGUGAGUACUAUCUAGCUGAAUGUACAUAUGCACUGAGUGCAUCGGAGGACUCCUUAGUUCAAGUGAGUACUAUCUAGCUGAAUGUGCAUAUGCACUGAUGGCAUCGGAGGACUCCUUAGUUCAAGUGAGUACUAUCUAACUGAAUGUACACAUGCACUGAUGGCAUCGGAGGACUCCUUAGUUCAAGUGAGUACUAUCUAGCUGAAUGUACACAUGCUCUGAUGGCAUCGGAGGACUCCUUAGUUCAAGUGAGUACUAUCUAGCUGAAUGUACAUAUGCACUGAUGGCAUCGGGGGACUCCUUAGUUCAAGUGAGUACAAUCUAGCUGAAUGUACACAUGCUCUGAUGGCAUUGGGGGACUCCUUAGUUCAAGUGAGUACUAUCUAGCUGAAUGUACACAUGCUCUGAUGGCAUCGGAUGACUCCUUAGUUCAAGUGAGUACUAUCUAGCUGAAUGUACAUAUGCACUGAUGGCAUCGGAGGACUCCUUAGUUCAAGUGAGUACUAUCUAGCUGAAUGUGCAUAUGCACUGAUGGCAUCGGAGGACUCCUUAGUUCAAGUGAGUACUAUCUAGCUGAAUGUACAUAUGCACUGAUGGCAUCGGAGGACUCCUUAGUUCAAGUGAGUACUAUCUAGCUGAAUGUACAUAUGCACUGAGGGCAUCGGAGGACUCCUUAGUUCAAGUGAGUACUAUCAAGCUGAAUGUACAUAUGCACUGAUGGCAUCGGGGGACUCCUUAGUUCAAGUGAGUACUAUCUAGCUGAAUGUACAUAUGCACUGAUGGCAUCGGAGGACUCCUUAGUUCAAGUGAGUACUAUCUAGCUGAAUGUACAUAUGCACUGAUGGCAUCGGAGGACUCCUUAGUUCAAGUGAGUACUAUCUAGCUGAAUGUACAUAUGCACUGAGGGCAUCGGAGGACUCCUUAGUUCAAGUGAGUACUAUCAAGCUGAAUGUACAUAUGCACUGAUGGCAUCGGGGGACUCCUUAGUUCAAGUGAAUACUAUCUAGCUGAAUGUACAUAUGCACUGAUGGCAUCGGGGGACUCCUUAGUUCAAGUGAGUACUAUCUAGCUGAAUGUACACAUGCUCUGAUGGCAUUGGGGGAUUCCUUAGUUCAAGUGAGUACUAUCUAACUGAAUGUACAUAUGCACUGAUGGCAUCGGAGGACUUCUAUGUUCAAGUGUGAACUAGCUGAAUGUUUAGAUGGACUGAUGGCAUUGGGGAACUGCUUAGUUCAUGUGAGCACUAGCUGAUUGUCCAGAUGCACUGAUGGCAUCGGGGGACUUCUGAGUCCACUGGAUUUACUGACCCCCAAGCCUACAACCCUUCCGUUCCCUGGUUUAUAAACAUUCAUUGCGUGUAGCCUCCAGCAAUCAGUUACGUGUUAAAUAGUCUAAAGAUUGACAUUGUGUUUCUUUAUCCAGGUAAUUCCAGUCUGGAAAACUCGGUGGCCUGCAGCCAUGGGAGAGCGCACGACAUUUUCCUCGAGUCAAUAGACACAACCUGUAACUUUACAGCCUACCCUUGUGAGAGUUUUGUAAGUUGUCUUUCGUUAACAAUCAUUUAUGUUAGUUAGUAUCAUUAACAAGCAUGUAGAAGUAUAAACUCAAUCAUUAACGCUAGCAUAGUUCUUUCAUUGUAAAGCUUGUUUCCACUCUGUUGCGACGUAAAGAAAUUUAGAAUUUUCACAUUUUCAUCAGUAUCCGAAAAAAAAUUUUUUGAAAGAUAUUUCGUCGACGGAAAUUCGAUGGAACGAAAGUUUGAUCGAACUGACAUUUGGUCGAAUUUUGUGUUGAUUUCACACGAACAAAUUUGCGUCAAAUGUAUUUUUCUUAUUUUGUUUUACUACAUAGUAUAAUGCGUUCAAAAAGAAAUUUGCCGAAAAUUUGAUCGUGUGAGCUGAAAAAAAAAAUCGACCAAACUUCCGUUCGGUCAAUUUUCCGUCGACGAACUUUCUUUCUAACAAAUUUCCGGUAACCAGGUUCAUUUGAUCACUUGAAUCUAAAAAAAAUCUUGGUAGCAUAAGCGUGUGAUAAAUCACCAAGAAUAAAUAUUGGUCUUCUGUGGACUAAUCUAAUUGCUGUUGCCAUCAGUAACAGCGCCUUCCUUGACUGUGGACAUCACAAUGCAAUGCAUGGACAUAAGCAGUAACCACGCCACCCAAACCUACCCCCGCCCACAUUUUUCACCUUAAUCGUGACUGUGGACAUCACAAUGCAAUGCAUGGACGUAAGCAGUAACCACGCAACCCAAACCUACCCCGCCCACAUUUUUCACCUUAAUCGUGACUGUGGACAUCCCAAUGCAAUGCAUGGACAUAAGCAGUAACAACGCCACCCAAACCUACCCCCGCCCACAUUUUUCACCUUAAUUGUGACUGUGGGCAUCCCAAUGCAAUGCAUGGACAUAAGCAGUAACAACGCCACCCAAACCUACCCCCGCCCACAUUUUUCACCUUAAUCGUGACUGUGGGCAUCACAAUGUAAUGCAUGAACAUAAGCAGUAACCACGCUUCGAUGCCUGUGGACAUCACAAUGCAAUGCAUGGACAUCGUAACCCUUGUAAAUGUGUGAAUAUUUCAUGUCUUUAUUCCCACAGGACAAGUUCGAAAAUGGCGAAUGCUUCACCUGUGGUGCCGAAGGCUGUAGUUCAGCGGGCUAUAACGCUGACCUUGGUCCACGCACGGGAAAGUUCUACGUGGACACGCACCAUUCACCGCCAUUCUGUGGUAAACUUGGCGAAAUAUUUUCUGUUUUUUUUUUUAAAUUUUUUUUUAAAGUCAUUGUUUAUAGAAUUUAUUUCUUCAAAUCUAUGGACUUGGCGUAGUUUCGCAAGUUUUUUGAUGUUACUGAAUCAAUGCUAAUUAAUGUUAUUCCACAAAAACGAAAAGCCAACUCUAUAAAUAGGAUUAUCAGUUGUUGUUUUUUAAAAUUUUUUAUUUAUUGUUUUUUUAUAGUAUUAUACCGAUAACCGGAUAUAGAAUUUACAAACGUUAAUCAAAUUUCAAAGAUUUUUUUUUCAAAAUCUCUCUCUCUCCGUCUCUCUCUCCCUCUCUCUCUCUCCCUAUCUCUCUCUCUCUCUAAAUCUCUUUCUCUCUCUCUCACUCUCUCUCUAAAUCUCUUUUUCUCUCUCUCACUCUCUCUCUAAAUCUCUUUCUCUCUCUCACUCUCUCUCUAAAUCUCUUUCUCUCUCACUCUCUCUCUCUCUCUCUAAAUCUCUUUCUCUCUCUCUCUCUAAAUCUCUUUUUCUCUCUCUCUCUCUCUCUCUCUCUCUAUCUCUCGUUCUCUCUCUCUCUUCUCUCUCUCUCUCUCUCUCUCUCUCUCUCUCUCUCUCUCUCUCUCUCUCUCUCUCUCUCUCUCUCUCUCUCUCUCUCUCUCUCUCUCUCUCUCUCUCUCUCUCUCUCUCUCUCUCUCUCUCUAUAUCUCUCUCUCUCUCUCUCUCUCUCUCUCUCUCUCUAAAUCUCGUUCUCUCUCUCUCUCUCUCUCUAAAUCAGAGAGAGAAAUAGAUUUACCCCUUACCCAGUUAAUACCUUAUCUAUCCAGUCAAUCUCUUCCUCACCCAGUCAAUACCUUAUUUACCCCGUCAAUACCUUCCUUACCGAGUCGAUACCUUAUCUACCCAGUCAAUACCCUCCUUACCCAGUCAAUACCUCAUUUACUAAGUCAAUACCUUCCUUACCAAUCAAUAAUACUUUCUACACAGUCAAUAACUUCCAUACCCAGUCAAUACCUUCUUUAUCAAAUCUCAUGUCUCCCUCUUAGGCUAUCCGUAUCACGUGAAAGUCGUGCCAAAUCCCACACAACCAAACACAACUGGUCUAAUUUACGUCUCGUUGAUUGGAACUCUGGACAAAACGGAUUUUAUACCCAUCAACUCCAAGUGAGUACCCAUUACCAAAACUAACAAAUGUGAGUCCUUGCUUAAGUUUGAACAGUGUCUGUAUGCUGUUGGUGUUAGGUUACAUCUUUCACGAGUCUAUUUCUCACUGACUCGUUCAAAUCUUAGAAAGGUUAAGUUUUUCUACGAACUUAAUCUCAUUAUGCAUUAUAAUCUGUCCAAUUUCGACACAGCAGUAGUAGUAUUUUUUAAAAGUACAAUGUCAGUUCAGUUUAAUCAUGUUUAGUGAGUGUGGACAUAAGUAGUCGGAGCUCAUGACACGUGACUAAUAAUGCUAAUAGGAUGACUGCACUUUUGAUGUAUGUGAGGAAAAACAUUGACCUUUUGACUGGGCAUUAAGCCUUUGACCAGCAGUUGAACUCUUGACUGGGCAUUGAACUCUUGACAGGGCAUUGAACUCUUGACUGGGCAUUGAACUCUUGACUGGGCAUUGAACUCUUGACUGGGCAUUGAACUCUUGACUGGGCAUUGAACUCUUGACUGGGCAUUGAACUCUUGACGGGGCAUUGAACUCUUGACUGGUCAUUGAACUCUUGACUGGGCAUUGAACUCUUGACUGGGCAUUGAACUCUUGACUGGGCAUUGAACUCUUGACUGGGCAUUGAACUCUUGACGGGGCAUUGAACUCUUCACUGGUCAUUGAACUCUUGACUGGGCAUUGAACUCUUGACUGGGCAUUGAACUCUUGACCGGGCAUUGAACUCUUGACUAGGCAUUGAACUUGUGACGGGACAUCAAAACUUUUGACCGCGGAUUGAACUGUUGACUGGGCACUGAACAGUGACUGGUCAUUGAAAUGUUCAAGUGGGCAUUGAACUCUUGACGGGGCAUUAAACUUUUGAUGGGGCAUUGAACUUUUUUGGUGACCUAAUAAAGAUCAAUACUCGGAGGUCGAGAUUCUAUCUCUUAGGACCUCUGACCGUGAAACAUAGCCUAGUAGUCCCUGGGGACUCCGGCCAUGCAACUCGGCCUUGAGUGACGGGGUUUUGGGCAGAUGGCUUCCACUCAUGAGGGUACAGUGUUGCGUCACAGCCCCCCUUGCCCAUUGAGUCUUAAGUUUUUGGUGAACUAAUCAGUUCCAUUCUUCAAUAAUCUUUGUCUUGGCGAAGUAUAAAUAAGAGAGUUUUCUUUUGGUGUUUUUUUUUAAAAACUGUAAAGUACCUUUCACUUUUCCCUUACCACCACACGUCUGCGUAUGACGUAUACCGAUGUCACUAUCAUUUGUCUGUGUAUUCGCAUAAUCCCAUUUAAACAACGUAGUCUAUGUAUGUACCCACUAAGUAUUAAUUGUACCCAUUAUGUAUUACUUGUACCCACUUUGCAUUACUCAUACCCACUAUGCAUUAUUUUUACCCACCAUGUAUUACUUGUAAUCCCCAGGAACAAGAAGCUAAACGGAACAUGGGCUAUCUCCACCAAUGUCGUGUAUCAAACUGACAUAGGCGUCGUCACGGGGGUGCAACUAAAAUACGUGAAAGACGUGGGAUUCUUGGGGGGCCUGUUUGGGUCCUCCUCCACAAAUACAUACAGCGUGGCAUCAAUACAAGUGAUGUCCCCUUCCGCUGCCAUGUGGUAAGAAAGACUUCCCAGGCGAUGUGAUUGAUGGUGUAAGAUGCACUUUCCCAGGUGAUGUGAUUGGUAGUGUAAGAUGCACUUUCCCAGGUGAUGUGAUUGGUGGUGUAAGAUGCACUUUCCCAGGCCAUGUGAUUGGUGGUGCAAGAUGCACUUUCCCAGGCGAUGUGAUUGGUGGUGUUAGAUGUACUUUCCCAGGCGAUGUGAUUAGUGGUCAGUUGUAACUGAAUAAAAAUUAAGUUUUAAUCAAGUAUUUAUAAGGACCCUAAUGACCAAAUUAAUCCAAACGGAACCAUAUAAGUAUUUCGGCCCAGGCCCAGGCAUUGCUAUACGGCUCUGGUAAUUGGGUUAUCUCUCGUAGCAAUUAAACCAAGGGGACAUUAUCCUUCAAAUUUUAAUUUCCUUUUUGACAUAUAUUUUUUUUAUUUUUCGUGGGAUGGAAACCGUGUGAAUGUGAAUGUUAGGAAGAAAGGGGGUGGGGGUGGUCUGAUUUAAGUUUAAAGCUGCAUUUUCUUUUCUGAAUAAAAAUAAAAGCUUUUCCAUUUACUUCAAAUAAGUUUCUUUGAUUUAAAAUAAAAAAGUAGUAUCCAUACAUUACUUCAGUAUGUGCUUUUUCAUGGUGCCUUCUGCAUCAGGUCACGUCAUCACAUAUGGCGACAUCAAAGAACAAGAUUAUAAGAUUUAUGUCGGGUCUGAUACGGAAUGAGUUCCAUGGUUGGAUGGAACAUCGUGUAUCAGUUAACGCAUUAGGUGACAUCAACGCCAAAGGCGCCGCUGCCAAAGUACGCAUGCCAUGAUAAUGGUCGAGUGCGGGAGUUCACUGAACUAAUAAAGUUGCGCAUGGGAUGUUGUAUUUAUUCUGAGCUGUGAGUGUGUUAAGCCUUUUUAUUGGUUAAUCAACGCCUUCCCGCAUUUUAAAUUUGGACGUUGUCUGUUUUUAUGGUACUUAUGACGUACUGUCUUACAGUCUGUUUUGUGGCGUGCUUGUUUAUUCGUGAGCAAUCGUGGAGAGAAAUCUGUUGGUGAUGGCUCUGCGCUGUUCUCUCUGAUAGUGAGCUGCGCUACGCGUGUGUUGAUGAAAUGUACAGUCAGUUGGACAGAUUUAUGGGUUAAAGGUGUAUUAACUAUGGAAAAGAACGUGUGUGUUCAAGUCUGUUUAUAACGAAGCAUGAACCAUUGAAGAAUCUGAUGAAUUAAACCCAUCGUCGAAUGCACUCGAGUUUGACAAUGAUGUUCUCCUAUAAUCUCUACAGGGCUUCCUCCUGCCGAGGAGAGUUCAAUCUGUUGGACAAGCAGCCGCUCGAUGUGGCAACUGCAGCCGGCCGUUCAAGUGAUCCCUGCACUGUCAUAGGAUAGCAGCUGACGCUAUCAACAGACGAUCAUUCCAGUGUUUUGCAAGCUCUUCAAUGUGUAACAUUCGAAAGCUGUUCAAUACAAAGAGAAAAAAAAUACAAACAUAUUAAGGUUAAAAUGUAACAGUAAAGUUAGUGUUGUUUUUUUAUUGGUCUUUUAGAUCUUUCGCGGUGAAUCGAUACAGUGGUGAUAUCAGAAGUCUGAUUAUGAUUGAACUAUAAAAUGUGUUCAUUUUCAAAUUAGAGAAUUUUUUUUUUUUAAAUACAUUUUAAAAAAGACGUGUUUACACGCAUCAAAAAUUAGAAAAAACGAUUUCUUAACAUUUCAUGAAUUUUAAGUUGUUUUUUUUUUUCCCCUUCCAAAUUUUGGGAAAUAUUUUCUGCUUCUACACAAUUGCUUCUUUGUGCAAUGCAUUUUAAGAAAAGUUAUAUUUAUUAUUGAGCUUCAACUCGUCUUCCUUCGACCCAGCCUACUGGAGCGGUAGAAAACUCAGGCAACCUUUCAGUCCACCGAAUGAGAAUGUCAGGUGUGUCAACAACAAAAUUACACUCCACAAGAUGGAAAUGCGAGUAGAGAUAGUCGCUAAUAAAAAGGCAAAUAAGACAAAAUAUUGGAUACAAAAACAAUGAAUAAAAAUUAAAUGAAAAUAAGAAGAUAACUUAAUAAAUAUUUCAAAGGCUGAGAGAGUUUGGUUAAACGCGGGAAAAUUUUGGGGUGAGGGUGUUGAAGGCGCAAUGUGCAGAUUUCUUUUGCUGCCCACAGAUACGACUUCCCAGCUAAUUGCUCUUUCUCAUUUUUAUUUUUAUACCGUUUUUUCUGUUGCUUUGUUCGCUGACGAAGGCUUUCUGCCGACACGUUCGCUGUUUUGUUGCGUUUAUUUUUUCAGGUUUUACCCUACUCUGUUUUACUCAUUUUAUAUUGUACUAACCUGAUUGCAGUCUCUCCCUUCCUCUGAAGUCACACAUCUGAAUGAGAACUAAUAAGUCCCUGAUUUUGCUAAGCGAACUCACUGAAUGGCUGUUUGAAAUAAUUUAUUAUAAAUGUCUUGUGUUCAAAUUGUUUUAUUUUUGUGCUGAAAAUGUAUAAUGCAAUCAAAAAACAUUUCCAUUUAUUUGGAUCAAUAAAAGAAUCUUAUCUUAUCUUAU